AUGGCUUGCAUGGAGCUUCUCUACUUGGCUGAGGAGAGCAGGCAGGCGCCACUGGGCACCGCUACCAGCUGGAGCCUGCCCUCCCCUCCCUACGAGCCGCAGCGGCGUGAGGGGGACCCCAGAUCAGCCCUGCGCUGUGAAAGGCACUGCAAGCCCUUGCAGAGGGGCCCUGUGACUGAGCCCCCCCUGGCACCCCAGCUCUCCCCCCAGGGCACUUCGCCCCAGGAGCACCCUGCACCCUUCGGCAGCUCCCAGCCCUGCCACCUGCCCGAGCACCUGCCUGGGGAAGAGGACGGAGGGAAGAAGAAAGCCUGCUGCUGUGCCCAGGAACUCGAGACGUCAUUCAUCUACGUGGAUGAAAAUGUAAACCUGGAGCAUGCAAGAAGUCCCCCCAGUCCCACAGGCAGCCGCUGCCGGGAUGCCCCUCUGCAGCAGCGCUCCUGCAGGGAGCUGCCACCCGAGUGGGUGCACGAUUCUCCUUCCCUGGUCUCCGAGGAGGAUGACGCUGCCUCGGAGGUGGCGUCCGGGAAAUCCGUGGACUACGGGUUCAUUAGUGCCAUUUUGUUCCUGGUUAGUGGCAUUUUGCUGGUGAUAAUUUCCUACGUGGUACCCAGAGAUGUGACUGUGGAUCCCAAUACUGUGGCGGCCCGGGGGAUGGGGAGGCUGGGGGACGAGAGCGCUAGGAUCGGGGCUCACUUGGACCGCUGUGUUAUCGCCGGGCUGUGUCUCUUAACCCUGGGGGGAGUGGUGCUCUCCAGCCUACUGAUGAUGUCCAUGUGGAAAGGGGAACUGUACCGGAGGAGCAGGUUUGCAUCGUCCAAGGAGUCUGCGAAGCUCUAUGGGUCUUUCAAUUUCAGAAUGAAGUCUGGUGCAAAUGAUAAUAUGCUCGAGCUGUCAUUAGUUGAGGAAGAUGUGCUUGCCAUAGAUAAUUAGUGUGGUCAUGAUUUUUAAAGGCAGCAUUUCUACAGGAAAAUAUGUUUCAUUAAAGAAAACAGAUGCAGCUAAAGAUAGCUGGUGAUGCAGUUUAUUUGUCUGAUGAGAAUGGUUUUUUCUUAAGCUCUAUAAUCGAAUGUUUGCAGUACAUGAGCACUUGUAAAGGGAAAACAUGCCAGAGAAAAUACAACUGAUAUAAAAUAAUGAAAACCACUGAAUAAAAAGAGAUUUGUGAUAA